CUUUCUCCAUCUAUCCGCUCCUAAAGCUUUUCAAUAAGAGAAUACGAAAAAAACUGGAGCAAAUUGCAUCCCAAACCCACCGAAACAAACGCAUUCUCAUUAUUCAUUUUUCAAUUGCACCCACAACAAGAAUGCCUCUGUUAUUUACUCUUAGAAUCCUGAGAUUCACACCCUUCACAUUGCCGUUUUUCUUACUGAAUCGGUUGGUUUCUUUGUAGCCAUUUCUCGCUUAUUGAUUUAUUGUUGUUUUUCUAUGAGAAUGGCCUUACCAUUUCAAAAGAGUAGCUGCUUCCGGUUAGUUGUCAAUGCAGCCUGUAUAAUAACAAGAUUGUAACCACGGGUUGUUUUUUUCUUUCUUUCCUUCCUUUUUUUGGGGUUUAAUUUGUAUAUAAAUUAUGUGUGAUACUUUGGUGGCAAGAACGGGCCGGCAUCAGCAGCGGUAUGAUUCCGGUUUUCGCCUUGUGGCUGGAUGCAUUCCAUAUAGAUAUAGAGAUUCUGAGAAGAUUGUAGAGGUUCUCAUGAUAAACUCGCCUAGUGGUCCAGGACUUCUUUUUCCAAAGGGAGGCUGGGAGACUGAUGAAACAGAUCAACAGGCGGCAAUUAGGGAAGCUAUUGAAGAAGCGGGAGUACGGGGAAAAAUAAAUAAAUUUCUUGGUUACUACCAAUUCAAGAGCAAAAGCCACCAAGAUGAAUGCAGUCCAGAAGGUUUAUGUAAGGCUGCAGUGUUUGCUAUGCUAGUCGAGGAAGAGCUCGAAUCAUGGCCAGAGCAGAACACCCGAAGUAGGAAAUGGUUAACCGUAUCUGAAGCAGCAGAUAGUUGCCGGCACCCGUGGAUGAGGGAUGCUUUGAUUGGAGGCUUUUGCCAGUGGCAUGAUGAAAUUAUGCUUACUGAAAAAUUGUAGCAGAUUAAUAUUUGUUUUGGACAACACUUUCAGGGCCAAAAUUUUCGUUUAACUUGAGUGUGUUGUCAAAUGCUCUAGCCCUUUCUUGUAAUGUCCAUCCUGUCUUGGUCUACUUCACCUCUCUCUCGAUUUCUCUUAUUUAGAGAAAGUAUCAUGUCAGAUAUUUUCAGUAGUCACUCAAACUAGAUCCUUCGUUGCCUUGCA